UGACGCUCUUACCUCGCGCCGGCUGCGAUCGGGUUGGAAGAUGGCGGCGCGCAAGGGGCGGCGGCGCACGUGUGAAACUGGGGAGCCCCUGGAGCCUGAGUCCCACGACGCAGGGUCCGAGGGCCCGCCCCAGGUCUACCUACCGGGCCGGGGACCGCCACUGCGUGAGGGAGAGGAGCUGGUCAUGGACGAGGAGGCCUACGUGCUGUACCACCGAGCACAGACUGGCGCCCCCUGCCUCAGCUUCGACAUAGUCCGGGAUCACCUGGGAGACAACCGGACUGAGCUUCCUCUUACACUUUAUCUGUGUGCUGGAACCCAGGCGGAGAGCGCCCAAAGCAACAGAUUGAUGAUGCUUCGAAUGCACAAUUUGCAUGGGACAAAGCCCCCGCCAUCAGAGGGCAGUGAUGAAGAGGAGGAGGAGGAUGAAGAGGAUGAAGAAGAGCGAAAGCCUCAGCUAGAGUUGGCUAUGGUGCCGCACUAUGGCGGCAUCAACAGGGUUCGGGUGUCGUGGCUGGGUGAGGAGCCGGUGGCCGGGGUGUGGUCAGAGAAGGGCCAGGUGGAGGUGUUUGCACUGCGGCGUCUCCUGCAGGUGGUGGAUGACCCCCAGGCCCUGGCCACUUUCCUCCGAGAUGAGCAGGCCCGCGUGAAGCCCAUCUUCGCCUUCUCUGGCCACAUGGGCGAGGGCUUUGCACUCGACUGGUCCCCUCGAGUGCCUGGGCGCCUGCUGACCGGGGACUGUCAGAAGAACAUCCACCUCUGGACACCUACGGACAGUGGCUCCUGGCACGUGGACCAGCGGCCGUUCGUGGGCCACAUACGCUCCGUGGAGGACCUGCAGUGGUCCCCAGUGGAGGACACGGUAUUUGCCUCCUGCUCGGCCGACGCUUCCAUUCGCAUCUGGGACAUCCGGGCGGCGCCCAGCAAGGCCUGCAUGCUCACCACCGCCGCCGCCCACGACGGGGAUGUCAACGUCAUCAGCUGGAGCCGGCGGGAGCCCUUCCUGCUCAGUGGCGGGGACGACGGAGCCCUCAAGGUCUGGGACUUGCGGCAGUUCAAGUCUGGCUCCCCAGUGGCCACCUUCAAGCAGCAUGUGGCCCCCGUGACCUCGGUUGAGUGGCACCCCCAGGACAGCGGGGUCUUCGCGGCCUCUGGAGCAGACAACCAGAUCACCCAGUGGGACCUGGCCGUGGAGCGGGAUCCCGAGGCAGGCGACACGGAGACCGACCCCGGGCUGGUGGACCUGCCCCAGCAGCUGCUGUUCGUGCACCAGGGUGAGACGGACCUGAAGGAGCUGCACUGGCACCCGCAGUGCCCCGGGGUCCUGGUCAGCACCGCCCUAUCGGGCUUUACCGUCUUCCGCACCAUCAGCGUGUGAGGCCCGCCCGCCCGCAUCUGUCUGGCCCUCCACCUGCAUCUGUCUGGCCCUCCGCUCGGGAGCAGAAGUUAAGUUCCUUCCCCUGGAGGGGACUCACUCAGAUCUGGAGGGGAGGCCAGCCCCCGCCUCCGAAGGGACUUAGUUUGGCCGAUUGACCACCCUGAUGGAUUCCAUUUGACUUGGAAAGGUCUUGGUUUGGUCCAGUGACCCUUCCAGCCGAAGGAUGUGGUUUGCCCCGUGGCCCUAUAAAACCACUGGGUUUGACCCCACUGACCCCUCCUACCCAAGGACUUGGUUCAGCCCGGUGACCCCCACCUGUCAGAAGAGUCCAUUGGCCCAUUUCCCAGGUGGGCCUGAAGGUGGCUGUGUUGCUGCAGAUAUUCUGUUAGCUGCAUGCCACUGGGCUCCCCCAGGGAACUCGCGUGCUUUGCAGUGGCUGUGCCAAAUUUGAGGGCUGGGUUCUUCCAGCCGAAUUUGGUUUAGUCCCUGUCCUCCUGCCAGCUGGGUGUGGCCACAGAGCUUCCCAGGGAGAGGCUGUGUGGGGCUUUCUCCCCUCCUCCCGAAGGGGGGCGCUUGCAGGGAGGAAAAGUGUGGGCUCCCGAGGGGCAAUAAAGGACCAGAGGAGA